AUGGCUUCUUCUCCCUUUAAAACUUUCGACAGCCCUUCUCGCUCCAAAACCUUAUCCGAAUUAACCUUUAAAUUUGAUAAAAACCAAAUCAUUAAUCCCAAUCCAGAUGUGGCCCACAAAUCAGAAUCCGAACUUGUGUUGGAAAAGGUACCAGAAUUGAUCCAAAACUUGUUAUACGGAAAAACAAAGGACAAAAUUCAUGCCUCCUGUAAUUUGCGAAAGAUGAGCGAUGAGAAGGUGCUAAGGAAGCCUCUUGCAAUGACCAACAAUUUUGUUGAGUCUAUUUGUGCUGUAGUGAUGACUGAACAAGAGAGUGAUGGGCAAAAACGUUGCCAGCAACACGCGCUCGCAAUACUAGGAAAUUUGCUUCUUGAAGAUCCCCUACUGGAUACCUUCAUUGCCAAUGAGGAGAAUUGUCUUCCCGGGCUUUCAAAGAUGUUAUGUUCUGAUGAUAAGGAAACGCUUGAGCUGGCUUCAAGAGUCCUUGAUUAUAUCUCGGUAACAUUUCAAAACCAGUCCUUAGUGUGCACCACUGAUGGGCUACUGUACAGUAUUGUUCAAUGCUUAAAAACGUCCCAAAAAAACUUGAAGGUGAAGCAGCACGUGAUUCAAGCGUUGGUAUAUCUUUCAGCCAAUCCCAAAAACAGAUUUGUACUUGCAAGAGAAUCAGGAUUGUUGGAAGAAAUUAAUGGAAUAUUAGAAACACAUCACAGAAUGGACGAGCAACACAAUCUUCCCAGAAUGGCCAUGCAGGUUAUUUACAAUUUAUGUCUGUUGAAAGAAAAUAUUCCUCUAAUUGCAAAACAUGGAAUUAGAAAUACAAUCAAGAAAAAGAAUCAUGUCGUGAAAGAUUCGAUUCAGUCAACAAAGAACGGCGAGAGACAAUAUCCAGGAUAUCAAAAUGAUAUUUUGAUUUGGAAAUUAAGCAGUGUGGUUUUAGAUGUGAUCGGCCUCUACGAUAAAAGAUUUGAUAGCCAGUCUGUUCUUAAUAACACUGGCUUCAAUUCAAGCGUCAUUGAAAUUGGUGCAUUCAAGUCAAGAAGUAUUGUGAUGCUUGACGAGGAUGAAGAAAUUAGAAGUUUGAAAAACCAAUCAACCGCAGCAAGCAACAAUGAAACCCAAAGCGACGCAUUUGACAGAAGAAGAAGGGCCGCAGCAAGAAGAAACAAAACCACAGAAAAUGUUCUUGAUGAAGGUGACCAAUUCAGUCCAUGA